GUUGCUAGUGGCUUCUUGGGCCUCUGAGCUUCGUCACUAUCAUUAUUUGUGCACAUUUCAUUGCAAAAAGAAGCCUUCUUCUGCAACUCUUUGGUGUUUGGGUGGCAAAAUCAGAGAGAGAAUAGCAAUAACCGGUUUGCUAAUGGUGAGCAGAGCACUUGUUUUCUUUUCCACUUAGGAUAACAGUAUUUGGGAUUUGUACCUGCUGAGGAAAACGGAAGUGAUGAUAUUGAGAAACCUGGAGGCAUUUGUGCCUAUUAUUAAAGCAGGAUGGAGGUUUUCUAAGAUCUACUGUUUUAUACACGUUACCCAAACCUAUUUGAUCGCCCCUGCUGUGACCUAUGGUCCUAGCAUGCUUCCUACUAUCGAUUUGAAAACAGGUGUGUUCUUAAUGGAAAAGAUCUCACCCCGGUUUGGUAAAGUUACUUGUGGAGAUAUUGUAGUCUUGCGCAAUCCUCAACACCCUAGGCACUUUAUGACCAAACGUGUGGUUGGAUUGGAGGGUGAUAGUGUUACAUACAUUUCCAAUCCUGAGACCUAUGAAUAUGAGGGUGAUAGUUUUACACACAUUUCCUCUCCUGAUAACGGUGAUAAGUCUAAGACGAUUGUGGUGCCAAAGGGUGCCGUUUGGGUUGAGGGAGAUAACAAGUAUAACAGCAAUGAUUCAAGAAAAUUUGGUCCUGUUCCUUAUGACCUUAUUGAUGGCAAGAUGUUCUGGAGGAUAACGCCACUUAAAAAAUUUGGACCUUUCUGGAAUAAAUGAUCUGAAGCAAAGAAUUCUGUCAUGGAAGCUACAAUCUUUUGCAGCAUGGCUUUGUUGUAUGUUUAAUUUUGAAAGGCAAAACCCUACCUAUCUGUAGUUAAUUCCCUAGACUGGUGCACUUUGCUCACCAAAGAUUGAAAUUGCCACAUUUUGUUAUAAGGGCAGUUUUUGUUUUUGUUUUUUUUUUGACGAAGCAGUUUAUCUUUUAUGCAUGAAGUAAAUGACAAGUAGUAGAUGAUCAUAAGAAUCUACUCAGAUAUUAGAAAUGGAACAUAGAAUUUUCUGUUGUUUGAGCACAUCCCUAAUAUGUCUUGUAUGGUUGUUCAAUUGGCUUUGAUGGAAGAAUUUAUGUAAUCCUAUUGAAAACCUAUGGCCUUUUGAAGAAGGGUCUUGGACUAUAAAGGCCCAUUGCAUUGCUGAUAUAUGAAAUGCUGGUUUGAUGGUUGGACACUUUCA